AUGUCUUGGGCGUCUCUGCUCUUGACUGCGUGGUCCUCCAGGUCUCCCUCCCUGCUGCUUGUUGUGAUGGUGAGCAGGGAUGUGGGGCUCAGGGUGGGUCUGGAGGGGGUGCAGACCUCCAUGUGCUCUCGCACGGGCUCACCGAUGGAAGAGAGCAACCUGGGGCAGGAUGGAGACAUUGUCCUCGGUGGGCUCUUCACCCUCCAUUACCAACCGCCGGAUUUAGACAUUGAUUUUGUUAAGCCUCCACACUUCAAUCCAUGCACUGGUUUGCAAAUAGAGCCAUUGAUGUCUAUGUACGCCAUGGAGUUUGCGCUGGAGGAAAUCAACAGCAACCCCUCCCUUCUGCCAGGCGUUAGACUCAGCCACCGUAUCCUUGACAGCUGUGGGCGACACCCCUGGGCCCUCCUAGGAGCUUUCUCACUGGUCGGGGGAGACCGCUCGACCUGUAACACAAUGCCUGUUCUGCGAUCAUCUCAUGUGUGGUUGAACCAAACUUGGCAAAGGACAGAGGCCCAAUCUGUCCCUGUGAUCAUUGAUGGAGAUGCAUCCCGAUCAGCCAUGAUUCUGUCUCGGACCCUAGGUCCUCUGUUCAUACCUAUGAUCAGCUACCUUGCUAGUUGUCCCUGCCUUAGUGACAGACAACAGUAUCCUAACUUCUUCCGGACCAUUCCCAGUGACAUCAACCAGGCUAAGGUCAUGGCCCGCCUUGCCAUACGCUUUAAUUGGACUUGGAUUGGAGCUGUGCUUUCAGAUAAUGACUAUGGCCGUCUGGCCAUCCAGGUAUUUGAGGAGGAAAUUCAGGAGUCAGGGGUGUGUGUGGCAUUUUCCGAAAUCCUUAGCAGGGAGACUAUAGAGGAAGAUGCAAUACGUGUUGCAAACACUAUCCAGCAUUCCACUGCAAGAGUGAUACUGAUCUUUACAUGGUACACAGACGUGGCAGAGUUGUUUCUACAACUUGCAAAGAUAAAUGUGACUGACAGACAGUUCCUAGCCAGCGAGGCUUGGAGCACCGCCACUGAUCUUUUACACAAUGUUGCCCUCUCUAAAGUUGCAAGUGGUGUGUUAGGGGUGGCUAUUCGCAGUGCAGAUAUACCAGGAUUUGAAAAAUUUCUGAGAAGGUUGCAUCCUUCUGAUCGUCCGAGUGAUUUCUUUUUAAGGGAAUUCUGGGAAAAGGAGUUUGGCUGUAGCCUUUCAAUGACACAAUCGAAAGUUACAGCUCUGUCUCCACUGGCAGCUUCCAUACCGCUGUGCAGUGGCAGAGAGACCCUAGAAGGCGUAAAGAAACGUUUUACUGACACUUCCCACCUAAGAGCCGCAUAUAAUGCCUACCUUGCUGUGUAUGUUGCGGCCCACGGCCUGCACAGCCUUCUGUCGUGCCCAGAUGAAGGCAGUGAUCCAACAGACAACAGCUCCACCUGUAGCUCACCUUAUAACAUUACACCAAAAGAGUUAUUGGAACACCUGAACAAGGUGAAUUUCACUACUCCACACGGGGAGAAGUUUUUCUUUGAAGGAGCCGACAUUCCAGCUGUUUAUGACCUGGUCAACUGGAAGAGCACCCCUGCUGGGUCACUGGGAAUGUUUACAAUUGGUCGCUUGGUUGGAUCUGAUCUCCAUCUCAACGAAUCAGCCAUUCAGUGGAGUACAGGUUCCACUCAGGUGCCUAUUUCUGUAUGCAGUAAGAGCUGCCCCCCAGGAACCCGAAGAGCCAAUAGGAAAGGAGAGCCUGUCUGCUGCUUUGACUGUAUCCCCUGCACUGAUGGAGAGGUCAACAAUGAGACUGGUUCUCAUCAGUGCAGGCGAUGUCCUAUUGAGUUCUGGUCCAACCUGGGGCACACGGCCUGUAUUCCUCGCAAAGUGGACUUCCUGUCUUUUAAUGAGACCAUGGGUAUCGUCCUGACAACAGCAGCUGUGUCUGGUGCUGUGGUGACGGCAGCUGUGUUUAUCGUCUUCCUCCACUAUCGACACACUCCUGUGGUGCGUGCAAAUAACUCAGAGCUGAGCUUCCUGCUCCUCCUGUCACUCAAGCUCUGCUUCCUGUGUGCGCUGGUGUUCAUUGGUCGUCCCUCCGUGUGGUCCUGCCGCUUACAGCAGGCAGCUUUCGGGAUCAGCUUUGUCCUCUGCGUCUCCUGCCUUCAGGUGAAGACCAUAGUGGUCCUGGCCGCUUUCCGCUCAGCUCGGCCAGGAGCUGGAGGCCUGAUGAAGUGGUUUGGCACAGGCCAGCAGAGGGGUAGCGUCUGCUUCUACACCUGUAUACAGGUGAUCAUCUGUACCAUAUGGCUGUCCCUCAGCCCUCCUGUGCCUUAUCGUGACCUUGGUUUCCAGGGGUCAAAGGUUAACCUAGAGUGUGCCAUGAGUUCAGUGGUGGGCUUUGCAGUUGUCUUAGGCUACAUAGGCUUCCUAGCCUGCCUCUGUCUCCUCCUUGCUUUCCUGGCUAGGAAACUACCUGAUAACUUCAAUGAGGCCAAGUUCAUCACCUUCAGCAUGCUGAUCUUCUGUGCUGUCUGGGUGGCCUUUGUUCCAGCCUACAUCAGCUCUCCAGGGAAGUACUCAGUGGCUGUGGAGAUCUUUGCCAUCCUGGCUUCUAGUUAUGGCCUGCUGCUGUGCAUCUUUGCUCCAAAGUGCUUCAUCAUCCUCUUAAAACCUGAGAGAAAUACCAAGAAACACCUGAUGGGCAGAUAG